CCCAUAAAAAUACUGACUGUAUGUGUGCAAAAAGCCAAACUUCUCUAUGUCUUUUGUUACUUUUGUGAAACGGCAGUUAGACUUCUAGCGUGUAACGUUAGCGUUGUUGUUGCCACCCAAAAAGUAUUGUUACCCAACUGUAAGUUGUACCGCUUUAAGUUAGCGUUUAUUCAAGGCUAUUACUCCUAACUUGGGACUUGUAGAGUUACAAGUUUUGAAUCCAAGUGUGUAUACUGUAUUUGCACACAAGGAAUGAAACGACUUCGUGUUUUCUGCCCAAAUUGACAAUUUAGCGGUGUUCACUUUCCGUUCGUUGUAACGUCAAGUUAGCCUGCUGCCAUUCGCCGUUGACAUGAAUUUGUAUCACGUUUUGGAGCUGGUGGGAGAGGGCUCGUUUGGUCGAGUUUACAAGGGAAGGAGAAGAUUUACAGGGCAAGUGGUGGCUCUUAAGUUCAUGCCAAAGGUGGGUCGAUCUGAAAAGGAGCUGCGAAGUCUCAAGAGGGAAAUUGAGAUUAUGAGGGGUCUUCAACAUCCAAACAUUGUCCAACUCUUUGACAGCUUUGAGACUGAAACUGAGGUUGUGGUUGUAACUGAGUAUGCAGAGGGUCAGUUGUUCCAGAUUCUUGAAGAUGAUGGGAAUCUACCAGAGAGCCAGGUCCGUGAGAUCGCCUGCCAGCUGGUCUCAGCUCUGUAUUAUUUACACUCUCAUCGCAUUCUUCAUAGAGACAUGAAACCUCAAAAUAUACUGUUGGGGAAGAGUGGGGUGGUGAAACUGUGUGACUUUGGGUUUGCAAGGGCCAUGAGCGUUUCCACCUUGGUGCUGACUUCUAUUAAGGGAACACCUCUGUACAUGUCUCCUGAGCUGGUGGAGGAGAAGCCAUAUGACCACACUGCUGAUCUCUGGUCUCUGGGCUGCAUCCUUUAUGAACUCCACACGGGGGCGCCUCCAUUCUACACUAACUCCAUCUUCCACCUGGUGCAGCUUAUAGUGAGAGACCCAGUCAAAUGGCCGGACUCUAUGAGCACCAGCUGCACGAGUUUCCUGAAAGGUUUGUUGACUAAAGACCCUCAGAAGCGGUUGUCAUGGCCAGACCUCCUACACCAUCCCUUUGUUGCUGAUGGUGUGCUAGUGCUGUCAGACACAGGUGUUUUCAGCCCUCUGACCGUCACGCCCAGCCCAGACAUACUGGCACUGAAACUUCAGCAAGUGGCGGCAAAGACCCUACCGACUGGACAGAGCAGGUUAUUGCAAAAGGCCAGGGAACAGAAGGACAACAGUCACAGAGGGAAACCGGUAGGCGGUGGCAGUGUGAAAAAAAAUAAGGAUGGAGUGGGAAAUGAAAGGACCAACUCUGCGAUGGUCGCAGCAUCCCCUAGAGCCAAUCCCCCCGCUAGUGAUGUCUCUGUUACCUCAGGCCACGCGGUCAUGACUGCUGCCAAUCAAAGCCUUAACCCAAAGAAUCAAACCUGCCAGAGAUCAAAACACAGGGGUCAGAUCAGCAAGGACUAUGAACAAGAGUUCCCCUCUGUAGAGGUUGGGCCACGACUAGUGCGGGGAUGCAGUGAGGACAGUCAGGUCAUACAGCACAGGCAGGGUCCUGACAGUGAGGACUACUGGGAGAAACUGGCCCAAGAAUCAGAUCCAAGCAGGCAACAGAAAGAACUAUUAAACUACAGUGCCAUCAUACCUCAACUUAAAUCCAAGAUGCUGGCAUUUAAAGCUCAGCUAACAGGUGGCGUUAAAGAAGUGUGGCAGAUUCACCAACCACUGAAGGUCUUACACAACCUGAUUCUGACCUCUGACCUUGAGAAGUUGUACCACAUUGGCCGUGAACUUGGACUACCCCAUGUCCUCUUUGACAUAGUCCAAGAUACUGUAGAAAACUCAAAUUCCAUCAAGCCACUGUGGAGCGUGCCAGCACUUGGAGAAAUUAUUGUUGUGCUCAUGAUCUACUGGGAGAAACACUAUGACUGGGUGGAAGAGGCGCAUAGACUGGAAGAGUUCACCAGGCCCUUCAUCACAAUUCUCAGUCAACCAAACCUCAUUCCUUUGGCACCUCUGGCUGCCUCUGCUUUGUCCCUGUUAACACAACACAAUGUUGAUGUGGAAGUUGAUAUGGACAAUCUAACUGCUUUGCUGAAAAACCUGCUUCUGGACUCAUAUCAGCCCAAAGUUUGUCUUCCUUCUGGCUGGGGACUCUGCGAUGGCCUCCUGUCUUUACUCCUUCACACACUCUCUGAGCAUGAAAAUGACCCUGGAUCUUCAUGUUUAGAUCCAGUAAUGUUUUUGGAACUGUGGAAAAGAAUUGGCACUUCGCUACUAAGGAAAACACCAGACACAGACUUCUGUUCAGCAAAUGGGCUGUAUUCUUUCCUGUCUACCACGCUGUUUCUCUUCACCAAGGAUCCUUACUCGUGCAUUCCGCUGUUUUCUGAGUGCGAAUCAAAAUGUGUAUACACUCUUGGCCAGAUGCUGGGCACUGACUGCAGUCUUGAUUUGUUUGCUGAAGGCAAUCCUGGGAGACUUGAGGUGGAUCUGAGUUGCGACAGCCUGUCUGUGUUGAGCUGCCACUUGUUGUGCUUUCCAUUUGCCCUGGACCUGCCUUCUCACACCAUGUCCACCAUUAUCCAGUUGUAUGACGGUUGUGGUAUUGUUCCAAGCCUCCUGCAGGUAAUUCAAACCCUUCCUCCUUCGCUACUGGAGCUGCCUCUCUCCCUGCUGAGCCGUUUGCUCCUGUGUGACCCCGAGCGCUCUGUUGCCUGCCUCAGAAAAGCUACCUGUGGUUUUUUUGCGCCACCCAGGAACAGCCAACUCUUUGCCUCCAAACACCAGACUCCUCUAACCAGAACUGCCAGCUCUCUGCUCUCUGACUUGCUGCAGUUGGAUGUGCUUUGGGACUCUGCCGUGGAGCUCCUAACUCUGUUGUCCCAAGUAGCCCGCUGUUCCCCUCGACCUGCCUGCCUUCAGCUUCACCUGGAAGCCUCGGUGCUGCACCAAGCGCUGGCUCACUCUCAUGACCAGGUCAGGGCUGCUACAUGCAGACUUUUGGGACAUUUGGAUCCAUUCAGGCCUACUACACUGCGCACCCUGCAACCUGACAUUUUCAGGAGCAUGAUAGACUGUCUUCACGAUUCCUGCAUGCCUGUCCGGCGGAUGGCUUGCAAGGCAGUUGGGAACUGGUUGGGAUACAUUGCAGAAGGCUCAGGGUUUAAAAUAGAUGGGUCCAAUGGAAAGGGCAGUGACACUACAAAGUGGGGCAUAGAGAAGGAACUGAAUAAACACAAGAGUUCACACAGUGAGGGGGCAGGAGAUUUGGCUAUUAUAGUAGAUCAGGGAGUGGACUAUGAGAAGGGGUGCAAGUGGGUAGAGGAAGCCAGCAGGACAGCGGCCAUGCUGGCGCCUCUGAUCGCUGACCCUGAUGCCCUCACACGUCGUCACUGUUGUGCAGCCAUGGGAAACCUGGUAAACGUUGAUGGCGCUGUAUCCUUGUUGUUGGAGGAGGACGUGUCCAGCUUACUUCUGAGAGCUGCAUGCACAGACUCCCAUAAUGCAGUGAGACAAGCUGCCAUAGCAACCCUGCGCCUGUACAGCGAGCGGGACGCAAUACGUCAGGUCCUGAUAUCCUUUGAUGCCGGUAAGAAACUUCUUCAGGCUUCACAGCUUGCCCCUCCACAAUGUGACUAUCAUCAGCUCAUUGGACAGCUGCAAGUGAGUCCAGUUCAGUAGAAAUGGUAACAGGUUUGAAUGCCACACUUGAAUAGUCCUUGUCCUUCCUUACAUUACAAUAAGAAUUCCCCCUGUGGUAAGCAAUGUGGUAGAGGACUCAAUAAGUAUAAUAAUCCUAUCCCGUUUCAUAUUGUUUCUGAAGUGAAGCUAAUGUAUCAAAUAAAAAUGGUGCAAAUAAAAAGUGACUAAUGAAGAUCUUUGUUGGCACCACUCAAACUGUGGUUACAUGAGUUGAAAUAAAACUGUUACUGUUGAUGUUGA